AUGUCUUCAACCAAUGCUGCUAUUUUAAAAAACUUUAAAAAUGCACAAAUACCUUCAUGGAAAAAGGCUUUAAUCGUUGGUUCAGAAUGGUCUAAUAAGGAUGAAUUUCUUGAUAUUAUAUAUUGGGGAAGACAAAUUAUCAGUGUUAUAUCUGGAAUCAUAUGUGGCCUUAUCCCUAUAACAGGGUUUAUUGGAUUAUUGAUUUUCCUCAUCCUAAAUUCAGGUGGUGUUUACCUGUUUUCCUGUCACUUCCACAAAGUAGAUGAUCAAGAAUAUGGUGGUGUCGGUGAAAUUAUUAAGGAAGGAAUGAUGACAUCUUUUGCUACCUUUUUAGUUACUUGGAUACUCCUGUACACUUCCUUAUACAAAGUUUCUCACCUAUAAGCUCUGGCAACUUGGAUUGCAAUAUCACAAAACUUCCACAACCCUAUAUAAUGAUUUGAUUCAAAUUCACAAACAAGACAUUCAUUUUUUUUUAAAAAUAAACUUAUGUUCCAAGGAGAAAUCAAAAAUAAUAUUACAUUAUAAAAUAUAAGCUGUGAUUAUACAAAUAAUAUUUUUUUUUAAGUACAUUAUUAUAGCUCAAAUUUUUAUUCAAUUGAAAAUGCAAUAAAGAAAAAAAAUUAUACAAUAAAACAUAAUUACGAAAAAAUAUUGAGUUCAUUAUAAAUAAUGAUUUAAGGGAACGCCUAUUUUUUUUGUCUUCAUCAUUAUUCAUGAGGACCUGCCGGCCGUCCAGCCCGGAUUUUUUUUAAAAAAUAAACGCGGGUAAGACCUAUUUAAAAAAAAAUGAUUCAGGUUA